AUGAACGGUGAAGAUGACCGUUGGUCUUUAUACAGUGCUUCUCAACAUUUGCCAGCAGUUUUAACAGAUCCCAAUAAGGGUAAACAAUCAAAUUUUUUCACCAAGACAUGGGGUGAUGCCUUCGUAGAAAAAACUGCAAUAGAGAAGAGCCCCUUUCUUCCAGAAAUAACCUGGGCGCAUUUCGAUGCGUAUCUCAGGAAGUAUGGCAAAAGGUUCAAGAGACAUUCUAGACUUAAGGACAUUACAUUCGAGGAUAAUCAUAAUAAAAUUCAAACUCAUACUGUGAAUACUGAUGGCAUUCCAGAAAUAUACUUAAGGCAAAAUCUUAAUCUUAAUGAUCCCAAAGUAUUUGCUGAGGUGUUUCAGAGCAAAAAAACAGAGCACGAACUCCAAGAUGAACUCAGUCAUCACCUAGACAUAGUAGAAGAGCAAAUAGCUCUGCAAGUAUCUCAAAAAUCCGGGGCAUUUUUCCACGCCAUGACCUCGCACGAUAGUAUUAUGGAAGAAAUGGGUGUAGCACUUACGGAAGUACGAACGUUACGGUCCAAGGUCCAGAGAGUGGACAAAACCCUUGCGAGAGACUCAUUAAGACUGAUCGGAUUGGCCAGAGGAAAAGCCAAUUACGUCGCUUUGUUGGACAAACUGAAACUCAUGGCGACGGUGUUACAAACGCAGCCUACGUUGCAGCUCUUGUUGAGCAGUUCGGAUUACGUGGGGGCGCUCGAAUUGAUUACCGGCACGCAGGAGGUUUUGGUUAAAGAAUUAGCGGGGGUAACCAGCCUCAGGCACCUCCCGUCGCAGCUCAAAGAAAUGCAAAAAUUGAUCGACAAAAUGCUGGCUACCGAAUUUGAACGUUACGCCGCUGCCGACCUACAUAGGCCUAUGGAUUUCGAAUCGAUCGGUGUCCUGGAACCGGAACGGUUAGUCAGUUUAGUGGCGGGACUACUCAGACAGAAUCAUCUACAGUUUUUGGAGGUUUACAAACAAGAAGCCGUCACAGCCGCGCAAGCGCUGCUAAAGCAACUGAUGAUCGAGCAUUUGGCCGACGCCGAUGAUGAACUGAACGAGUUGACGGGUUCGGGAGAGAUUGCGCCCACGAUGGACGCUGCUCAUUGGUUGAAAGUCAUCAGAUCUGCCAGUGAAGCUUUAACCAAAAUAAUCGAACGAGUAAGGGCGGUUCACGACGUCAUCAAGGACACAGCAACAGCCAGCGCCGGUCUAUCGCCGCCCAAUUCAUCUCCGCUCCUGGCCUCGCCUUCCACCGAAAACUUUCUCACUCUCGAAGAACAUAACCGCGUAGAACUGAAGCUGCGCGAACUGCUCACCUCGGUGUGCGAUUAUUGCACCGAACGUAUCGCCUCGUUAGUCAGCACGCAGUCCGACAAACAGACCGUAACCGCGGCGCAAGUCACCGAACUGUCGAACAUCGUCGAGGGAUUCACGGAAAUGUGCGAAAGAUCGUGCGGCGGAAGGCAGAGCGCCGCGCUAAAGGCCGCGUUCAAGAUACAGGCCGGGAAUUACGUCCACAAGUUCCAUACGCAGCGGAAGAACAAGCUGCAAAUGCUGCUGGACGCUGAGAGCUGGAAAGUGGCCGAGGUGCCGUCCGAGAUACAGAUUUUGGUUGAUAAGUUAGCAACAGGUGAACCCGUUAAAUAUUUACCGUCCUCACCGACCGAGGACAACUAUACAACGAACCGGUACGAUAUCAAACCGUCGCCAUAUAUAAAAAUCGGAAGCCAAAGCUACUACACCAUCGGGGCCUUGCUGAUUCUCAUUCGAUUGGUUAGCGAAUAUUGCGUUUGUUCGUACGAUCUUCAACUAUUGGCUCCUGUGGUAGCAAAAAAUUUGACUGAUCUGCUCAAAACAUUCAACUCAAGGUCCUGUCAACUGGUCUUGGGAGCUGGCGCGCUGAGAACGGCAGGUUUAAAAACGAUAACGUCUACAAACCUAGCUCUGGCGUCGAGAUCGUUACAGUUUUUAGUUUGGAUGAUUCCUUUGCUUAGGGCGCACUUUAGAUCGCUGACUAGCGAUACGCUGAACAGUUUCGAUGUCGUUGAGAAAGAUAUAGGCCAUCACAUUCGCCAAUUGGAGACCAAAGUGUUGUCGAUAAUGAACUCGCUGUUGGGCGAUCAGCUCAACGAGUGGGAUGCCAAACCUCCUGUGCCGAGUAAACAAUUUAGAAAUAUCUCGAGACAUUUGACGAAGUUGCACGAAGCUGUUAGCGCCGUACUGCCACAAGAACAGGUGACUGACAUAUACGAGGUGCUUCAUAAAAACUUCAAAAACCGCAUCAGGGACCAGUUGACCAAAAUGAAUAUUCAAAACAACGGGGGGCCUCAGCACGGCGUCGUCACCACCGAAAUCAUAUUCUACCUCGAGACGAUGAAAACGCUAAAGGUACUGCCCGAAAAAUAUCUCUCAGAUAGUGCCAUGGAUGAUAUCUGGACUAGGAUUAAAAGUUAUUCUACAAACGUCCUGUGCAAAGUUAAUUUAUAUACCAUGGUGUAUUUAGACACGUCAGUUCCUAAGAGUGUAGAAUUUACAAACAAAAGCGAGUCGUACUGUUGUGUUCUGUUUUUAAAGUUGUGA